GAGCAGAAAUGUAAAAAAAAAAAAAAGUUACGCAACAGCCAAAAACAGCAUAUCUCUCUAUGACUGAAGUAGGCAGAGAGGGAGGAAAAAAGAAGGGAGUUUGGGGAGGGACUUCAUUUAGCCUUUAUUUGAAGUACUUUUCAUUGUUAUCCUCCAAUAUCCUUCUGUCUGUGUUUUGACUCUGCUUGUUGAAGCUCUUCACCAUCACGGCACUCUACAAAGAUCAUCCACCCACUUCGUAGUCAAGCUGAAUAAGAGGUGACAAUGAAGUUUGACAGCAUUCUGGACAAGGCAGAUGGGUUUGGCCGUUACCAGAUUGCACUGGCCUUGCUGCUGUUCAUACCUCGCAUCACCAUCCCAUGUCAUUUCCUGCUGAACAAUUUUAUAGCCGCCAUCCCAUCUCAUCACUGUGACAUCAGCUCUCUGGAUGCUGACAGGAUCCUUGGGAAUCUGAGUCGAGAAGAGAGACUGACUGUCAGUAUUCCUGCACAGGAGGAUGGGACUCCUGCUUCCUGUCACAUAUUCUCGUAUCCUCAGUUCCACCUGCUGAUGAACUCCUCCAGCAGCACAGAACGUCCUGUAGUGGAGUGUCAGAAUGGAUGGGAGUAUGACAACAGCACAUUCAUCAGCACUCUCGCCACACAGUUUGAUUUAGUUUGUGACAAGAGGGGACUGGCCAAAACAUCAGUCACCAUAUUUUUUUGUGGCGUCAUGGCUGGAGCUGUGUUCUUUGGAGUGCUCUGUGAUAAGUAUGGCCGUCGGAGCAUGUUGCUGGUGUCCUAUGUGUUAUCUAUAGUGUUCAGUGUUGCUAGUGCUUUCUCAAGCACCUACAUCAUGUUUGCUGCCUUCCGCUUCCUGACUGGAUUGGCAUUGACGGGAAUCGUCAACAUAUCUGUUGGGCUCAGUAUUGAGUGGGUGGACACUAAGCACCGUACAUUUAUCGGGGUGUUCGGCAGUAUUUCCUGGAGUUUAGGCAACAUGCUGCUGGCCGGUUUUGCCUAUCUGGUCACUGAUUGGAGGAUGCUGAUUAUUACUGUCACUUCUCCGCUUCUUCUUGCUACAGCAACCUGGUGGUGGAUCCCUGAAUCAGCACGAUGGCUAAUAGCCAAUGGAAAGGCAGAAACAGCAUACAAGUAUCUGCAAAACUGUGCUACUUUUAACAAAAGACGAGACUUCAGUUCUAGAGUCAAGCCAGAGUCUCUGUCCACUGUAGCAACUCAACAGGGUCACAGUUACACUUAUUUAGACCUAGUCAAAACCCCACAGCUGAGGAGACUCACACUCUUUACCGGAAUAGUGUGGUAUGGAGUUUCUUCAACGUACUACGGCAUCAGCUUAAACAUCACCGGCUUUGGGCUUGAUCUUUACCUGACACACUUCAUUUAUGCAGCCAUAGAGGUGCCAGCAAAAUUCGUCUUAUACUUUAGUCUCAACAAGGUCGGCCGUAGAGUCACUCAGAGCGGGACACUGGUGCUCACAGGAUUUUGCAUACUCAUCAACAUCAUCACACCUACAGAAUUCUGGACUUUUCGGACUGUGAUUGCAGUGUUGGGUAAAGGACUUUCAGAAGCUUCGUUCACAACUGUGUUCCUUUACACCACUGAGCUCUAUCCUACAGUCAUGAGGCAGAAUGGGCUUGGCUACACCAGUUUUAUGGCACGUUUGGGUGCAUCCAUUUCUCCUCUCAUCAUGCUCUUAGAAGACAAGUGGAUGGUCCUCCCAGAGGUCAUUUUCUGCACAUUGGCCAUCUUUUCUGGUCUCAUCGCUUGGCUUCUCCCUGAAACAAACAACGCAAGAUUGCCAGAAACAAUAGAAGAUAUUGAAGAGACGAGAAAGAAACCUGUCUAUUUCACAACAGAGGAUCAGAGUAACAUUCCUUUAAAGUUGCCCAUCUCUACAGACACUACGCAAUGAUAUGCAAAUCACUUCAAAAGCACAAAUCAUAGUAACAAGUCUCAUAAGCUGUACUUGACAUCACAUCCCACCUUUUGUAUAUAACUAAUAAAACUUGAGUCAUGGUA